AUGGAUGGCAAUAGACGAUCAUCAUUAUUAAGGAGACAGUCUCCUUUUAGGGGACAUAAAAGAGGAGCAAAUACACUAAAACAAGUAGCUAAAGCGUGUGCUGCAGUAGGUGUGAGGGUUUUAUCUGUUUAUGCAUUUGCAUUAAAUAAUUUUUAUAGAAAAAAAGAAGAAAUUUCUUUUCUUCUUCAUCUUGCAGAAACACUAUUUAAGGACCCUAAAUGGAUACAGGGUUUCUUGAUGUCGGAAGGAAUUCGUCUGGUUGUAGUUGGUGAUUUAUCUUUUGUUGGGUCUGAUUUAGCAGCAGCAGCAGCAGCAGCAGCAGCACAAACAAAAAAUAAUAAAAGAUUGCUGCUAAGGAUUUGUGUCUCCUAUGGAGGAAGACAUGAAGUUGCUAGGAUACUCUCACCCAAGCAGCAGCAGCAGCAGCAGCAGCAGCAGCAGGAACAACAACAACAGCAGCAGGAAGGGCAGCAGCAGCAGGAACAACAACAACAGCAGCAGGAAGAGCAGCAGCAGCAGCAGCAGCAGCAGCAGCAGCAGCAGCAGCAGCUUUUAGGGUCUCGUGAACAAGACAGCAGCAGAUACACCCCAGAGUCUGAGGUGUCUGCUUCUGCGUCACCAUUGGAUACACCGCGGGAAGCAACAGCAGCAGCAGCAGCAGAAGCAGUAGAAGCAGCAGUACCAGAAGCAGCAGCAGCAGAUGCAGCAGCAGCAGCAGAAGCAGCAGCAACAGCAAACCUUCAGUUGCAUGCAGAGGAGGAGUUUUGUCAGCAGCUGCGUUUUGGUCAGAUAGAUACAAAAGACAAAUCUAAACAAAUAUACAACUCGUUACGCUCCUCAUUUUAUAAGGAUUUACAGGCCGGCGAAUUUCCGUCGCCCGAAAUUUUAAUUCGCACGUCGGGAGAGGCGAGGCUAUCGGACUUCUUACUAUGCGAGGUACUGCAGCAGCAGCAGCAGCAGCAGCAGCAGCAGCAGCAGCAGUAG